CCAAGCCCUUCUGUGGCUCUGUGAGCCCCCUGUGUGAAGUGCCAGCAGCCCCCCUGUGCCAGGUGCGGGCUCAGCCUGGGGUGGGCCCUGUGUCCUGGCCGGGCUUCCUUGCCUGAAACCCUCUUUGUCAACCAGCAGCUUCAGGAGGUGCCAGAGUGACGGCAGGAUCAGCUGAUCCUUGGCAGAAGGUUUGGAAGCUCUGGCCAUGGAUCAGAAGGGCUUUCGUCGGGGGAGCUUCCAGAGUGCCACCAGUGAUGAGGAUAUGCUGGAAAUAGCUGGAGCAUCCAUGGAUUUCUCCAUGGCCGACGAUGACCCGCCACUCGACAGGGAGAUGGGAGGCUUCUCCUCAUAUAAUGGAGGAGGGAUGAACGGCACGAGCACCAUGAUGGAUUUCCUGGAGGAGCCUCUGCCUGGCGUGGGCACCUACGAGGAUUUUAACACCAUAGACUGGGUGCGAGAGAAGUCCAGGGAUCGAGACAGGCACAGGGAGAUCACCAACAGAAGCAAAGAGUCCACCUGGGCCCUGCUGCACAGCGUGAGCGACGCCUUCUCUGGCUGGCUGCUGAUGCUCCUUAUUGGUUUGUUGGCAGGUUCCUUAGCAGGUCUGAUUGACAUCUCUGCCCACUGGAUGACAGAUCUGAAGGAAGGAGUGUGUUUGGCAGGGUUCUGGUUCAACCAUGAGCACUGCUGCUGGAAAUCCAACACCACAUUCACCGACAGGGACAAGUGUCCUGAGUGGAAGAGCUGGUCCCAACUGAUCCUUGGCCAUGGAGAGGGGGCCUUUGCAUAUAUCCUCAACUACUUAAUGUAUGUUAUCUGGGCCUUGAUGUUCUCCCUCCUUGCUGUGCUCCUGGUGAAGGGCUUUGCUCCCUAUGCCUGUGGCUCAGGGAUCCCAGAGAUCAAAACUAUCUUAAGUGGUUUCAUCAUUAGAGGCUACCUGGGCAAGUGGACGCUGGUCAUCAAAACCAUCACCCUGGUGCUGGCCGUGUCCUCGGGGCUGAGCCUGGGCAAGGAGGGGCCCCUGGUCCACGUGGCCUGCUGCUGUGGGAACAUCCUGUGCCACCUCUUCACCAAGUACCGCAAGAACGAGGCCAAGCGCAGGGAGGUGCUGUCAGCAGCUGCUGCCGCCGGUGUGUCUGUGGCUUUUGGAGCUCCUAUUGGAGGAGUGCUCUUCAGCCUGGAGGAGGUGAGUUACUACUUCCCUCUGAAGACCCUCUGGCGUUCCUUCUUUGCCGCACUGGUGGCUGCCUUCACCCUGCGCUCCAUCAACCCCUUCGGCAACAGCCGCCUCGUGCUCUUCUACGUGGAGUUCCACAUGCCAUGGCAUCUGCUGGAGCUGGUGCCCUUCAUCCUGCUGGGAAUAUUUGGUGGGCUCUGGGGAGCUUUCUUCAUCCGCAGCAACAUUGCCUGGUGCAGGCGGCGCAAGACGACGCGUCUGGGCAAGUACCCCGUUCUGGAGGUGAUCGUGGUGACGGCCAUCACGGCCAUCCUGGCCUUCCCCAACGAGUACACCAGGAUGAGCACCAGCGAGCUGAUCUCGGAGCUCUUCAAUGACUGUGGGAUUUUGGACUCGUCCAAGCUCUGCGAGUACGUGAACGAUUUCAACAGCACCAAGGGGGACGAUCUGCCCGACCGCGCCGCUGGCCCCGGCGUGUACACGGCCAUGUGGCAGCUGGCACUGGCCCUCAUCAUGAAGGUCUUCAUCACAAUCUUCACCUUUGGCAUGAAGGUGCCCUCGGGGCUCUUCAUCCCCAGCAUGGCCGUGGGGGCCAUCGCGGGCCGGCUGCUGGGGGUGGCCGUGGAGCAGCUGGCCUUCUACCACCAUGACUGGGCCAUCUUCAGCGGCUGGUGCAGCCCGGGCGCCGACUGCAUCACCCCCGGCCUCUACGCCAUGGUGGGCGCCGCCGCCUGUCUGGGGGGGGUGACCCGGAUGACCGUGUCGCUGGUGGUCAUCAUGUUCGAGCUCACCGGGGGGCUGGAGUACAUCGUGCCCCUGAUGGCAGCAGCCAUGACCAGCAAGUGGGUGGCCGACGCCAUCGGCCGCGAGGGGAUCUACGACGCCCACAUCCGCCUGAACGGGUACCCCUUCCUGGAGGCCAAGGAGGAGUUCUCGCACAAGACACGGGCCAUGGACGUGAUGCGGCCGCGCAAGAGCGACCCUCCGCUGACGGUCAUCACGCAGGACACCAUGACCGUGGAGGACGUGGAGACCAUCGUCACCAGCACCACCUACAGCGGCUACCCCGUGGUGGUGUCCCGGGCAUCCCAGCGCCUGGUGGGGUUUGUCCUCAGGAGAGACCUCAUCAUUUCCAUCGAAAACGCCCGGAAGAAGCAGGAUGGGAUCGUGAGCACCUCAAUUAUUUGUUUCACGGACUACUGUCCCCCCCUGCCUCCGAGCUCCCCGUCUGUGCUGAAGCUCAGGAGCAUCCUGGACCUCAGUCCCUUCACGGUGACAGACGAGACGCCCAUGGAGAUCGUGGUGGACAUUUUCCGCAAGCUGGGAUUGCGCCAGUGCCUGGUCACUCACAACGGGAAGCUGCUGGGGAUCAUUACCAAAAAGGAUGUACUAAAGCACAUUGCACAAAUGGCCAACCAGGACCCCGAUUCCAUCCUCUUCAACUAGAGGCAGACUGUAGGGAUUGUGUGUCCCACAUACCUGGAACUUUCUAGCCCAUCCUGGGUAGACUUUCCUAUUUUUAUUGAGACCAUGGAACUGUUUCCAGCGUUUUCCUCCAUGGAGCUGAAGAAGAUAUUUUUUUUCUACCAGAUAACGAAUUGCACUACGGAAUCUGUGGAACAUGAUCUUCUUUUUAGAAGAAAAAAAAGAGACUUUAUUUACGUUGCUUUUGUGAAGUUGCGUUGGAAAGAUUCCAUGAAGGAGUAAAAGCAAAAUGUUAGAGAA